CGUAUUCUCCCUUUCCUAAAGCAUAGGACUUUGUGUCUGUUCCUCUGGUUUGUGGACCUAAUGUUUUUCCAUGUCAGGCUGUGGUUCAGUCCUAGUAAAGAAGGGAGAAUAAAAAUGCAUCUGAAGCCCGGCACCAGUGGCUCAAGCCUAUAAUCCUAGCUACUCAAGAGACUGCGAUCUGAGGAUCACAGCCAAAGCCAAGAAAGUGUGGCCCUUGUUGCUGAGGACAGAUGGCGGAUUUCCCAGGAUCCCUGGAAUUCUUGAAGCGAGUUCUCCUCCCCAGCAGUGCCUUCUUCCUUACCUACCUUCUCUUCUUGCCUCAGCCUGGGCAGGUGAACUCAGAGGAGGUCAAGGUGGUAGGCCCCGAGGAGACCAUGCUGGCCCUGGUCGGGGAGGAGGUGGAGUUCCCCUGCCAUCUGUCCCCGUACCGGGACGCGGAGCACAUGGAGAUCCUCUGGUUCCGGGGCGCGGCCUCGGACGUGGUGCACCUGUACCCGGAGGGGCCGGGGCUCGGGGCCCAGCAGACCACGCAGUUCCACAACAGAACCCGACUGGUCACCGACGGGAUCGCGGACGGCAGCGUGAGCCUGCACCUGCGCGGCGUCCUGCCCGCCGACGAGGGCGCCUACGGCUGCCGCUUCCUCUCCAGCGACUUCUCGGGGGAAGCCGUCUGGGAGCUGGAGGUCGCCGGACCUGGCUCAGACCCUCGCAUCUCCCUCGAAGGCUUCAAGGAAGGAGGCAUUCACCUGAAAUGCAGCUCCAGCGGCUGGUACCCCAAGCCCAAGGUUCAGUGGAGUGGCCCCCAGGGCCAGUGCCUCCCUCCAGAGUCGGAAGCCAUCAUCCAGGAUGCCCAGGGCCUGUUCAGUUUAGAAACGUCUGUGGUUGUCCGGAAGGGAGCCCAUCGCAGUGUGUCCUGCUCCAUCUACAACCCUCUCCUGGUCCAGAAGAAAGAGUUGGUGCUCCAGAUAGCAGACAUGUUCUUACCCGGCACAUCCCCCUGGAAGAGGGCAUUCCUUGGGACCCUGGUGGCACUGCUGCUCCUCCUGGUCCUCCUUGCCAUGCUGGCAUUGCGCUACUUUCGCAAGCAGCGGCAGUCCCAAGCAAAGGCAAAGAAGCAGGCGGACAAGGAACGAGGAAAACUGACGGCACAGCUGGAGAAGCUUCGGACAGAGCUGGACUGGAGAAGAGCUGAAGGCCAGGCUGAGUGGAGAAUGGCCCGACAAUAUGCAGUGGACAUCACCUUGGAUCCCGCCACGGCGCACCCCAGCCUGGAGGUGUCCGAGGACGGCAAGAGCGUGUCCUCGUCCCGCGUGGACACGGCGGGGGGGACCCCGAGCCCCGCCGCCGCCGCCGCCGGCGCGGGCGACCCCGGGCGGUUCACGGAGCAGACGUGCGUGCUGAGCCGGGAGCGCUUCCCCGCGGGCCGGCACUACUGGGAGGUGCACGUCGGGGCGCGGGGCCGCUGGUUCCUGGGCGCCUGCCUGGAGGGCGUGGCGCGCCGCGGGCCCGCGCGCCUGAGCCCCGCCGGCGGCUACUGGGUGAUGGGGCUGUGGAACGGCUGCGAGUACUUCGUCCUGGACCCCCACCGCGUGGCGCUCGCCCCGCGCCUGCCCCCGCGCCGGGUGGGCGUCUUCCUGGACCACGAGGCCGGGCGGCUGUCCUUCUUCAACGCCUCCGACGGCUCCCACCUCUUCACCUUCCACCACACCUUCCCCGGGCCCCUCCGCGCCUACGUCAGGCCCCGGGCCCACGACGGCAGCCGCCAUCCCGACCCCCUGACCCUCGUGUCCUCCGGGCCGGCCGGGGCCGCACGGGGUCCCCAAGAAGAGGACGGUGACGCCUGGGUCCAGCCCUGCGAGCCCCCGGACCCCUCGCCGGGCCUGUGGUGAGGGGGGCUCCCCUGCGUUCAGGAACGAAUCCCAGAGACGGGCCUGAGCGACCAGCGCUUCCCUGCUUUCUCUAGAGAAGACAGAUCGAUAGGUGAUAGAUUGAUCGAUAGG